AUGAAAUGUUUUAUAUUUAGUGGUAUCAGAACUGAAGAUUUAAAUGUUGUAACCAAAACAUUUGAAGACGUCCGUAAUGAUCUUCUAGAAUUGUUCAACAGAGAUACAAUUUUAGUUGGACACAGUCUUUUUAACGACCUUAAUUUGCUUAAGAUUGUGCACAGCAACGUGAUCGACGCCGCAGUGUUAUACCCCCACCCCGGAGGUCUAUCUCUGAAACGGUCUCUCAAAUACAUUGCCUUGACCGAACUAACCACAAGCAUUCAGAGCGGAGGAGGCCACGACAGCAAGGAGGAUGCCGAGGUAACGAUGAAGAUGUUGCCAAGGAAACUGUAAUCGACGAUUUAUGUAUGUUGGUAUGGUACGAAAAGCCCACAUUUUGCUGAUUUAUGUUUACUUUGUCGAGUUUAUUCUUUAAUUU